CGAUGCACAUGUACAAGGAAAUAGAGUUUAAUAUACAUUAAUGAAAAUAUAGAAUGUGAGUAAAAAUUUUAAAACAAUAGUAAAGAUCAUAUGAAUAGAGCAUUUAGCGAAAACUCAAUAUUUUCGCAGGCAUUUAGUGAACGUGCUAUUUCCCCAUGAUAACUAUCGUAUAGCAUCAGAUAUCCACCAAACUAUGACCUCGUAUUGUAUAUUAAAAACGUAUUUCUCCCCGAAUUAAAAGUUACAAUCUUAUUUCUCCCUAAACCGAUAGUUUCAAAUUUAUUUAUACAUGAACUAUGGUUUAAAUCGGUUUACAGUUUACCCAACAAUAUUAACCAGUUAAACCAAAAAAAAUUCUAAUUUUAAUUAAACCAAAUUUGUUGAACUAAAAAAAAAAGAAAUAAUUAAACCAGACCCGUGACCCAUUGCACUCUUCUUCUUAACCCGAGAAAAAAACUAGCGAGAGAUGAUGGCACCUCCUCCUCCUCCUUCACCAUCAUCGUCUCCUUCUCUUCAACAUCUCACCUCCAAAAAUUAUUUUCCUUCCGGAGCACCACCACCAUCAUCUUUACGUGGAGAAAUUGAAUCCUUAUAAUAUGUAAAGUUUGGAACGGAUCUUUUUAAUUGGUUGGGGAUUAUGCAGCUUCAAGCUUUUUAUUUAAUGUAGUUAUGAUCUAUAAGACAAGUUUUGUAAAUAAUCGCAAAUUAUUUGAAGAAUGGUUUCAUCAUUAAUUCUUCGGAUUUGUGUGAUCACUAGUUUGUUUCUAUGACGAAAUGUGAAGACAAACAGGUUGCAAAGAGGAGACGGAGAGAGCAUGUCUCCGUAGAAAGGAUGAUUCUACGACGGCGGAUGCAGAGGAGGCAGAAAGAGCAUUUUAGAUCGGGUUUAAACGGAGCUUGUUCAGCGGAUGCAGCUGAGUCGGAGAGAGCGCCUCUGAACAGGUUUAAUGGAGCUGUGUGUGUUUGAGCUGUUGGGCUAUUGCAGUGGAGUAAUCUGCGAGAUUGUAGAGAGAGAGAGAGAGAGGUAAGGGUUGUUGUCGGGUUAAGAAGAAGAGAGCAAUGGAUCACGGGUCUGGUUUAAUUAUUUCUUUUUUUGGUUCAACAAAUUUGGUUUAAUAAAUUUUUUUUAAAAAUGGUUUAACUGGUUAAUAUUGUUGGGUAAACUGUAAACCGAUUUAAACCAUAGUUCAUGUAUAAUUAAAUUUGAAACUAUCGGUUUGGGGAGAAAUAAAAUUUUAACUUUUAAUUCGGGGGAAAAUACGUUUUCAAUAUUCAAUUCAUGGAUAUUUAGUACGAGGUCAUAGUUUGGUGGAUAUCUGAUGCUAUACGAUAGUUAUCAUGGGGAAAUAGCACGUUCACCCAAAAUACCGCGUAAUAUUAUAUGAGGAAUCUUCUUAACCCAUCACGAUCUCGCCACGUGUCCCACCAAAGCCCACUAAAAUCCCUCUUUUAACCGCCAAAAUGAACCAAACUAACCACACACUUCCCCCAUUAACUCCUCUCUUCUUCUUCUUCCUCCUCUGAUCACAACACCAAUAAAAAAAUGGCUGAUGAAGAUCGUAUGACGUUAGCACCGACGGAAAUUUACGGCCGGAGCGACGAAGAACAACAGAACGGACCAAAAAUCUGGCGUCGGAAAACAGAAGAUCCUCCAGGAAACUGUCUCGUCUACUCCUUAACAAUCAUCGUCAUCGUCUUCGCAGUCUGCCUCAUCCUCUCCAUAAUCUUUCUCCAUAUCUUAAAACCAGAGAUCGAGACCGUAUCUAUAUCCACAAGAGAUCUCCUAUUCAGCGGCAACUCAUCGAGCCCUUACUUCAACGCGACGCUAGUGAGCGAUAUCUCGAUUCGAAAUUCGAACUUUGGAGCUUUCGAGUUCGAGGAUAGUUCGUUGAGAAUUGUUUACGCUGAUCAUGGAGUUGUGGGAGAGACGACGAUUGGCGGGAGACGGGUAGAGGCUCAUAAGACGGUUAGAGUAACCGGGAUUGAGGCUGAGAUCGGUUCGUUUCGGUUAUUGAAUACGAGGGGUUUGGAUUCGGAUUUGAGGUCUGGGUUUUUGGAACUGACAAGUGUUGCUGAGGUUAGGGGAAGGAUUAGAGUGAUGGGAAGGAGAAAAUGGAAAAUUGGUGUGAUGAGUUGCACCAUGAGACUUAAUUUAAACGGCCGGUUUAUUCAAAAUUUGUUAUGUGAUUAGUAGAUAUUGAUCGGUUUUGUUAUCCGGUUCAGGAUAUUACUAUUCUUUGUUGUUUUGUCUGUUUUGCGAUAUAUUCAUGGUCUUUGACUCUUUGUAUAUGAAAUACUUUUGUUUACGAAAA